UUCGGAAACGGUUCCGGAAGCGGCCGACCACGCGGACUACCUUCCCGGGGACUGCGCUGCGGCUGCUGCCGCCAUGACCAAAAUAAAGUCCGACCCCGACGGGCCCGAGGCCCAGGGAGAGGCGUGCGGCGGGGAGCGCACCUAUCACGAGCUGCUGGUCAACCUGAACCCCAUCGCGCAGCCCCUGGCUUCGCGCCGCCUCACGCGGAAGCUCUACAAGUGCAUCAAGAAAGCCGUGAAGCAGAAGCAGAUCCGGCGCGGGGUGAAGGAGGUUCAGAAGUUUGUCAACAAGGGCGAGAAAGGGAUCAUGGUUCUGGCAGGAGACACACUGCCCAUUGAAGUAUACUGCCACCUCCCAGUUAUGUGUGAGGACCGGAAUCUGCCCUACGUCUACAUCCCCUCGAAGACGGACCUGGGUGCGGCUGCGGGCUCCAAGCGCCCCACCUGUGUGAUUAUGGUCAAGCCUCACGAGGAAUACCAGGAGGCCUAUGAUGAGUGCCUGGAGGAGGUGCAGGCCCUGCCCUCACCCCACUGAAGAACUUAGGCAGCAACCUGGGUACCUGCCUGGCUGGUAGCUGCCCAGCCUACCAUCCUCUGCCCACGCUCAUAGCGUCUGCCCUGGUUCCCCGAGGGACAUAGUCUUCCCAGGCAGCUCCAUCAGCUGUUUAUCAUGAAAGUAGAGCCGGCGCCUUCUCCAUCAGAGCUGUUUCCUGUUGAGCUUAAAUGAAGACAGUUCCAAGAGCGUGGGCUGGGCAAGUAAAUGCUAAGGCUACAA